CUGGAGCUACAGCGGUCGAUGUGCAGUUGCAUCGAUUUCAAUUUGUGCACCAAAAUCAUUAGAAGACAAAAGCUUGGGACUGCAUGAUAUUUUUCCAUACUUAAAAUUUGCAAUAUUCGCCGCGUUUGAAUAUACAAAAACGAAAAGAAUAUACCGCCCUAACUUAUGUGCCGGUUAUUGUGAUGUUAAAAAAGUGAUCUUCUGUUAUUUAUUUGAUAUAAUUAAUAUUAAAGUGUCUAUAAAUUCAUGAGAGGUAAAGCGUCAAAAAAUUUAUCAGGCACAAAUUUACCUAUGCUUUUAUUUUCUGGAUCUUAAUCGAUUCUGUCAUUAAAAAUGUCUAAAUACAUAAACAUAUUAUAUCUAUGUGUUCUAAUUCACAAUGCUAAUCUGAUGGAUGUGACAUAUUACGAAAUAUUGGGGGUAUCUAAACAAGCCGCGACACAAGAGAUAAAGCAAGCAUACAAAAAGUUAGCUAUAAAAUAUCAUCCUGAUAAAAAUUCUGAUGAAGCAGUGCAAGAGAAAUUCCUUAAAAUAACUGAAGCAUAUGAAACAUUGAAAGAUCCUGAGAAAAGACGGAAAUAUGAUAUUUAUGGUUCACAUGGAGCAUACACAAGGAAAUAUGAUUAUCAGUCUCAAUCCGAGUACAAUAAUCUGUUCUAUAAUGGAUUGUAUCACAAUGACCCGUAUGUUGUUACCCUCAGCAGUGCUAGUUUUUAUGGUUAUUUGACAGAUGGAUUUCAUUUUAUAAAUUUCUACUCACCAUUUUGUCCACCGUGUCAACAUCUAGCCGAUCAUUGGAAAAAAUUUGCUGAGAUAUAUCAAGGAAUUGUUAAAGUUGGUGCUGUAAACUGCAAGUAUCACAACUCAUUUUGCUAUCACAAUAUGAGGAUAGGCAGUUAUCCAACUUUAUUAUUUUAUCCCAAUGGUAAACAAGGUAGUUAUAUAUAUUAUACAGGGGAAGACACAUUUGAUGGACUCGAAGCGUUUGUUAUGAAAUUCAUUAAAAAUAAAAUACAUGUGCCAGUUAUAAGUCACCUACGGAGUUCUGAAAAGCCUAUGGCAUAUGUUCUUGGCUCUAAUAAUAUUGAAGAUAAUGCAUUGACUAGACUCGCUUUUCAUUUAAAAGGCUUGACUACAGUUGUGUUGAUAGAAGAUGAAGAAUUACGUGAUGAUUUAACAGACGAUCCGGAAACAAUUGUUGUAUUUGAAUAUAAAAAAACUCAUACGGAAAUCUCAAGCAGUGAUGAAAGGACAAUCAUAAAACAAAUUGUUGGAUCUUUACCUAAAUUGGAAGAGAUCGAUCCUAAUAAAUUAAAGGACAUAAGAAAUAAACUUCGUAGCGGUGACAAAAAACCUUGGGUGAUAUACUUCCAAAGUGAAGAUGAUGACCAAUUAUUGCUGCAUCAAAUGAAACUCACGUUUCCUUAUAUGAACUUUGGCACAAUCGAUUGCAAGUCCCAACAAGAACUAUGCGUGUCUCUGCAAGUAGAGUCUCCGCCAUGUUGGGCGGUGCUGAAGCGGGGCGGGGCGUACCAACGCGCGUACACGCAUCCCGAUAUAUUCAUACAGAGUGCAGCGGAAGUGUACAACCUGCAUACAUUAUCCGUCUCCGAACUGCAAAGAAUAUUGGACGGUGAUGUGGGUACCUGGGUGCUGCUAGUGGUACCACACCAGCUGUCAUGGGAACACAUCGCUGAUCCUUUCACUGAAGUCAGCAAACAUUACAUUGACUCGGAAGACAUAAAUUUCGGUAUAAUGGUAUGCAGUUUGCAAACGGAACAUUAUUGCCGCGAUCUGGCACACGACCAGCCCGCCAUCUUGGUGCAGGAGGGAGGCGACCACCAUGUCUACAACGGACGUAUUGACACAGAGAAUAUUAUUGAUUUCAUACAACUGCUUAAGGAUAGCGGCAGCGUGUCGCUGAGCGAGGAGGAGGUGCUGGGCAUCAUGGACGUGUCAGGUCGGCAGCAGUGGUGGCUGGUGGCCUUCCUGCCCGCCUCCUGCGACCGCCGCUGUCGGGACCUGGCGCACGAGUGGCGCAUCAUCGCCAGGAGGCUGCGUCCUUUGGAUUGGAUGCAUGUGGGCGUGCUGCAGUGCGAGGAGAGCCGCGGUCUGUGCGCUAACGUGCGCCAGCCCACUGCACGACUCUACCCUCCCAACAAACAACACUACAUCCUGAACCUGCAGCAGAAGUCUGAGGCGCCGUACAUCCUGGAGUGGGUGCUGGAGCACAUUGAUGACGUGGAGAAGCUCAGCUGGCACACAUUUGCCAAACAAGUCGCUGACGACAUCAAUACUCACUUGUACAAGCGGCCAUGGCUGGUGUACUUCCACUCUCCGCGGUGUCACCACUGCUACGAGAAGUAUCCGGACUUCGCCCUCGCAUCUAUUUUUAUGGGAAAAGUGGUGAACUUCGGCAAAGUGAAUUGCCUUUCGGAGCGCAACUUGUGCCAGCAGGAGCAUAUCACCAGCUACCCAACCCUCAAAUUGUACCUCAGAAACCGCCACCACGGUGCAGGGUACCGGGUCCUCCACCUCAGGAUAAGGGACUACAAGAGCAUCAUGGACGAGGUCAGACCCUAUCUACCCAAUCAAUAUCAUGAUGCUAAUCUAUUGGGCGGUCUACAUGGGUUCGCUCCUCAAAUGUUCCAUUUCAAACACGAUGAGUUAUAAUUUUAUCACAAAAAAAAAUACAGAAAAAUAUCGCCUUUUUACA